CACGCAUGCGCAGUCGUUGUCAUCGGCGUGCGCGGCGCCGCUCAGUGUGUUGGAUGAUGGCAGCCACACAGCCGCAGGAGCGGAUAGUUGAGUAUUGACUCUCGCCGUCCUGAGACACCAUGACCCACUUCUUCUGUCGUCAGAGCAGCUCGGUGGACAGUUACUGUUAGUUCGGCUGAAGCUAGCUCGGCUCCGUCCGCCAUUGUGUUCUUGUUUACCCGCCGGUUGAACACAAACACACACAGAGUGAAAUGCAGAGGAUAAGUCCUGUGAGAAGUGGCUGGCAGCUGCUGAAAUCCUGCUGUGAAGGAGCAGCCAAACAAGUAAACACCUCGACUCCGACCUCACGAAACUACAGCCAUCUCCCUUCUCCUCCUCCUCCUCCUGCCCCUCAGGGCCACAAGUCCUUCGGGCUCCUCUUCGACAUCGAUGGGGUGCUGGUGCGGGGCAGGACACCCAUCCCUGAGGCCAAGCAGUGCUUCAGGAACCUGGUUGAUGGCAACGGGAGAUACAAGGUGCCCGUGGUGUUCGUCACCAACGCUGGGAACUGCAUGAGGCAGACCAAAGCUGAGCAUCUGUCCCAUCUGCUGGACGUGGAGGUGUCUCCAGACCAGGUGAUGCUGUCCCACAGUCCUUUGCGAAUGUUUACCCAGUUCCAUAAAAAGCGCGUGCUGGUGUCUGGGCAGGGUCCCGUGGAGGAGGUCGCUCACAACCUGGGCUUUCAGGAUGUCGUCACCAUAGAUAUGCUCAGAGAAGCAUAUCCUCUUCUCGAUGUCGUAGACCACAACAGAAGGCCCAAAGAUAGUAUUCCACCUUCCAAAGGCUUACGGCCAAUCGAUGCUGUCAUCUUAUUCGGCGAGCCAAUCAGAUGGGAGACCAACCUCCAGCUCAUCGUUGACAUACUCCUGACAAACGGAAACCCAGAUAAUUCCUGGAGUUCGAUGCAGUACCCUCACAUCCCGGUCCUGGCCUGUAACAUGGACCUGCUGUGGAUGGCCGAGGCCAAGAAUCCCAGGUUUGGACACGGUAUGUUCCUGGUGUGCCUGGAGAGCCUGUACAAGAAGGUCACAGGCUACGAUCUGAAGUACGAGGCUCUGAUCGGUAAACCCAGUGUGGUGACUUAUAACUACGCUGAGCUGCUGGUCAGACAGCAGGCGGAGCGACUUGGCUGGACCACACCUGUGAAGAGGCUGUAUGCUAUAGGUGAUAACCCCAUGGCUGACAUAUAUGGCGCCAACCUCUACAACCGCUACCUCCAGGCUUCUCGCCACACGAAGGCCCAGAUGCAGGCUAAGAGUGGCGGAGGAGGUGCAGACUCCCUGGCAGAAACCGUCGACGACGUCCCUAAAAUGACAUCAGCAGAACUAGGCGGUGCGUCAAGCACGUACGGGGCGGAGGAGGACCUCCCCGAGGGCUGCAGCUCCAUCCUGGUGUGCACAGGAGUGUACAGCCGGGACCAGCAGGAGCUGCCGACAGACACGACGCAGACCGUCACCGAGCAGCGCAUCUUCCACGGCCACAGGGACUUUCGCUUCGACCCCAGCCUCACGCAGCCGUCCGUCAUUGUGCAGGAUGUGAAGGAAGCAGUGGAGCUGGUGUUUGAGCAGGAAGGCUGGCCCCUGCAUUAGGACGAGCCGGAUCAUGUCACAUCUCAUAACUGUCGAGUUAACAGCUAUUAUCUGCAGGUAGAAGAAGUUUUGUAGGUGUAUUUUUCUCUAAUCUACGCUCCUGAUUAUCGCAGGGGAGAUGUAGCUGUUACUGUGGCUAGUUCUUAGAAAAUUAAGUGCCAUACAACCCACAGCGAAAAGCAACAGUAUAGGUUUUAACACUAAAUAUAAGAAAGUUACACACAUUUUAAGUCAGCCAUGUAUCGUAGUGUGUCAAUAACUGUCAAUUCUUUGUGUAGUUGUCACAACACACAUACCAGCAUUUCUAGUAACUCUACCUACUGUAUAUGAAGAGUUUAUCUGCAAAAACAGAUUAAAGCCAUUCUUAAAAUUACCGCCAGAUUUAAUGAUUUUCUUUUUAAGUUUUAAAAAAAGCAGUUUAAGAAAAGUAGAAACAUUUUAGAUAUCUUAUAGAAACCACACAAGAACAGUUUGAUAUUCCCUUGCGUGUACAAAUUCACUGUUUUUGCAAAUUAACUCUUCAUAUACAAUAUAUGACAAACAUUACUGUCGAGCUAAAGUUUAAUUUCACGCUUUGCACAAAACUCUACUGAACUGGAUCACCUUGCCUUUCCAAACCCCCCUCUCCCCUCCAGCAGGUCUUAACUGGACCAGUUCUUGCUCUUGUUUGUUUUUACUGCUGUCAUAUUUCAGGCUGAUUUGUUUUUAAGAUUGGGCAAAUGUGUAACCACUAAUGCUGAGAAGAUUAAAUUGCCGGGUUUCACUUUAGUACCUCGCCAGUUUGGAUUUUAGCCACAUUUUAAGAGUAAUCUUAUUCAGUACUUUGUGUGAAAUUACCAGUCGAGGUGAAAAAGGUGCUAUUUUUAUUAAGUGGUUUUAGUUGUGAAAAUCAUAUUAUUCAUGUGACGAGAGUCUGUAUUGGAGGUUUUUAUGGGAGAAAUAAAAAAGUAAAGCUGCA